AUGGCCUUCCAGACAAGUAUUUUCAGGGACGGCGAGUGGGUGACUGAGACGGUCAACCUUCAGGCAGCCAUCAAAGCAUCUGCGACUCAAAAACCGGCGACACUGGCUCAUUUCGUCAAUCCUCCAGUCUGUGGCAUCUUGUCUCGAACCAUAGUUGAAAGUCCCAUUGUUCAUUGGAUUCUUCCUGUCCGCUUAAGAUCAGAAGAUUACAACGAUAUCGCCUUUAUUGGAGACCACUUUGUUCAAAUAAGUGAGCUUCGGGGCGAUGGCCAAGUGCAUGAAGUUGCACGGAAAAGCGAUUUUGGUUCCCGUAUUAGAGGAGCGGUCGUACUCGGAGAUUCCUUUCAGCAUGGUUUAGCGGACGAUGACCAAGCUAAUGUUUCCAAAUCUGAAGACCAAGAUACGCUGAUGCCGGAUGUCCUUGACGCUGACUGUUCACCCCGAUCUCGAACCCUACCGCCGCAGCUGCUGGUGCUGAUGCUAGAAAGCGGAGACAUCGUUUACAUAUUCUUGCGUUCAGGACAGGACUCAUCUUAUGACUUCGUGCUCAACAGACAUCGAAGUCCAAAAAAUUUCUCCUGUCUGGGUUUUCACCUGUCUGUAGAUCCAUCAUCAAGAUACAUGGCUGCGGCGUCGCCAGAAGGUCUUCUGGUGGUCUAUGAAUUUCACUCCAUGAAAACCAUCAACGAACAAUAUCGCUCACGAGGACUCUUUGACCCUGUAACAUCUUUCAGGAUUCGGGCAGUACAAGGCGUCGUACAAAAGUUGGAAUUCCUGUAUCCUCGGCCAGAAGACGACUACCACAUCAUUCUUCUCUUGAUCAUAACGAGAAAGGAACGAAGCUCCGCGGAGCCUGUUUCUCGCAUGGUCACUUACGAAUGGGAAGUAGGUGACAGCCUGAAAGAUGUUUUUGCAGAAGAGAAAGCCGGGAAUCGCUUGCCCACAGAGCACCGGAUGCCAUCCCUGCUUAUCCCACUACGGUUCAAUACGGCAUUUUUUGUCGUCUCACAGCCAGAUAUCGGAGUCGUCAAGAACUGCCUCUCUGGUUCCCCAGUCUUUGAAGCUCUCAAGACGGAUACUCCAGGAAGAACACCUUUGCACCAUGGCAUUGAGAAGCCAUUGUGGACAGCAUGGUCUAGACCAUUCCGCCGCAAGAAGUAUUUUGAAAAGACCGACAUAAUCUUCCUGGCACGCGAAGACGGAGCAAUCAUCCACAUUGAGAUUGACGCGCCAGAGCUGGUGCCGUCCGUCACCAAUGUUGGCUGCCUUCACACAAACAUCGAUACGGCUUUUACAACUGCGUAUGAUGUCUUCACUGAUAUGCUGAUUAUUGGUGGUGAUUCAGGGUCAGGGGGUAUCUGGAAGUUAGCACCACGUACCGACCUCGAGCAAGUGAGCGUAUUGCCCAACUGGUCGCCCGUUAUGGAUGUGGCGAUAUCUACGCAGCAUUCAACAUUAGAGCCCAAAGACGCGAGGGACUCACGAUGGUCUGAAGAUGAUUCUUUCCUUUCGAGACCCGAUAGUUUGUUUAGCGCCUCAGGUCGUGGUCUCAAAGGCAAUUUAACCCAAUGGAGAUGGGGUAUUCAAGGAAGGAUCGGCUUGGAUAUUGAGUAUGGGGAACCAAUAAGAAACUCUUGGGGAUUUUACUUGGAGACUGGUGGAAGCAAAAGCCUUUAUGGCUUACUGUCUUUGCCUGACUCUUCGAUCGUGCUUCAAUUUUCAGCAGAUUUCAGCCAGGUUCACUCAGUGGAGCCCGACAACACUGGCUUCGACCUGGCCUUCCGAACGCUGCAUGCUGGCCAAACUCAAUCCGGGACCAUAAUUCAAGUCACUGAAUCGUCAAUAUCCCUGAUAUCGAGCUCGGAGGUUUCACAUCAGCCUCUCGAAUCGAUCCUCGGAGUCAGAGGUGUCAACGCAGAACAUGCCUUCUGUGGGGAUCAUGUUAUAGCCUUAUCCACUCAUGACUCUGUCAAGUUUCAGUUGCACACGGUGCGGAUAAAGAACAUGAAUGCUACGCUCAUAAGCUCGUGGGACGUUGUUGGGGAAGUCACUUGUGUGCUAUUCUUCAGUGCCAUUGGUGACGAGUUUGUGGCCGUUGGUUCCGCUGCUGAUGGCGUGUCAUGGAUAUCUAUAUAUUCAUUGAAUGGCAAAGUUGUAGUCACCAAAGCUCUUCAGAGAACAGAUCCAUCACCAUCACAAGGAAGUGAAAUGCUAAGCUAUACCCACCAUUUUGAGCCACUCACGAGCAUUUGCAUGAUCCACGAAGGUGCCAGCAGCGCUGAUUUCUCUGCCGGCACACGAUGUGGACAUCUACUCACGUUGAGAAUAUCGUUUGGGAAGUCAACGUCCGUCGCCUGGAGCCGCGAGGUGAUGGGCGUGGCUCCUGUCGAUGUUUAUCCAACCCACGGCCCAUUUGCUGACGGCGCCGCGGCUUUGGCAUGCUGUGACAGUAAUCUUGUCAUGAUGUCACGAUACUCGGAAACAGAUUUUAGAUUUGCGACCAAAAGUUUCGUAUGGUUAACAGACUCUAAUGAUGCAUCAAUUCCGUCGCCUCCAGUGCAUUCCGCCUUCAGCCUCGGUAACAAACUAUCUGCAGAUCCAAGCCAUCUAUCACUCAUGCUUCUAGUAGGAACAAGGGUAUUGCUUGCAGACAUUUGGCCACACUACUCGCUUGUGCCCCGGUGUCUUCCGUUGAACGGCACCCCAACGCGCAUCAUUUAUUCGCAGGCCUGGAACUGUUUGAUAGUUGCGUUGCUGCAAGAUGACAGACCUACGCUGUUAUUCGUGGAUCCUGAAACAGGAGCACAAAUCGCUUCCGCGUCAGACAAGGAUCAAAACCCACUGGAGGUUAUAUCUGGCCUUGGCCAUGCAGGCGAUAGAAUCUAUGGUCUGAACGAAUGGUUGUACUUGAAGGAUGGCAAGACGUUUGCCUUUCUUCUCGUAGGUACCAAGGAGGGCAGACUCUUGAUAGUAUCUGUCAAGAAGAUUGAACCUAGUCUGAGAAAUUCCACCGGCGAAUCGUUGCAGUACUGGACUCGAAACAAGCAGAUGUUUGGAAAGCCCGUUUACUCCGUCGUCGGGGACGAUGACGGUAUCAUCUUUUGUGUGGACAAGACGAUCCACUGGAAUGUCCUGGACUUGGCGGAAAAGAAGUUGAAACAAGUAAAGCAAUAUGAGCUAGACUCCCCAGCGACGUCUCUUCGAGUGUCGAAUGGUAAAAUACUCGCCCUUACUACCAUGCAUUCACUCGAAGUGAUCGACCACCGAACGGGGGAAGGUAACGGGAUGGCUCUGGUCCAUACGGACCGGGUAUCGAGAACAACAAUACACAUGGCCGAUAUCGGGCCAACACGGCAGGACGGGAGCGGUGACGGAUGGCGCAUCACGCUGCUUGCGGAUCAAAGGUGCGGGUUUGCAGGCGUCUGGGUACCCUGGGGCUACCGAAACAAGGAAUUUGAGACUGUGUUUGAAGGCGCACUCCCUGCUUCGAUUAGGCGAUUUGUAACAGCACGAAGCUCACCUCCCUGGGCUAGCUCUGAGCCGAGAAGUCGAUACGGACUUUUACCAAGCGGCCAAGAUGGCGCAGAGAUGUUUGGGCUUUCCCUUGACGGAUCUUUGCGACAUUUCACGCUACUGGAUAUACCGCUAUGGCGUCUGUUGAGCUUGGUGCAGAGUCUGGCGCAACGGAAUGCUACUUUGAAUCACAUGCGGGGAAACUCGGAUUCCGAGACGAUGAAUUCAGACGACGGAGUUGAGCUGGAACCGCGACUGCACCCUAAGCUGAUGCACAUCAACGGCGACAUACUGAGCGACUGCUUGAAGCCUCGAAUGCUUGAAAAGAUGGUUGGGAAAGCCGAUGGGCUCGAUCUGUUCUGCGAAUACCUUGAUGGACUAGAAGGAGGACGAUGGACGGAUGAGUUCAGGGAUAGCAUUGGCCACUCGGACGACAAGCGGCAGGCGGCAUAUUUCAAAUUGGGAUACGAAAUUUUGACCUAUGUCUUGGCUCCAGUUUGGUAG